AUGCCCGCGCCGCCCGGGGCCCACGGCGCGCGAUCCACGACCGGCGUGCCCGUCGGCUCCAGCGGUCGCUCUCGCGCCCGCUCAUGCAACGUCCAUGACUCGCCGGCGGCGGUCGACACUCGCGCUGCGACGGCGACGCUCGCUCGCUCCGUGACGACACCCGCUCGCGCGGCAGGCGUCAAACGACUGGCCGGCGGCGGCGCCGGGCCCGACACCCCUCCCGCCGCGGCCAAUGGCGCGGCGCGCGGCCCGCCCCCUGCCCGCGACCGGCGGGCGGGGCCGCGGCGCCGCGAGCCUUGUUUUUUCGUCGCGGCGAGGUGUCCGCCGCCGCCACACCUCGCCGCUCGCGCCGCGCCCGCGCCGCGCCGCCAUCGCCCGCCGCCCGCCGCGCGAGCGCGCCCGCGUCGCUAA